CACCUAAACAGAGUAGAGGAAUACGGGUUCGUUAACGACACCAUUCAAUUCAAAAUCAAAUAAAUACCGACUUGCCUUUUCUCUUUGGGUGAAAAUUUUCUGGUUGGAACUUCGAAUAACACCCUUUCCAGUGAGAGCGGGAUCAAGAUACAGGAAAUUACAAAUCAAGGUUGAUUCUCGUCGAGAUCCGUUAAGUGAAGGAACUGAUACCUACUUAUCGAGGUUUAGAUCCAAUCAAGCUUCUUUCUAUAUAGAUGAAGCUGUUGCAUUUCGCCUUUUUGCUUGCUUUAGCUUCUGGAUUUACCGCUAUACUCAUCUACAUUAACGGUGUCUCUAACCUAUAUGGGAAUUAUCAACUUUCCGACGAGGAUUUUGAAGCUCUGCAAUCUCUUCAGGGAAAUUUCCAGAAGUGUGUGAGUGCGAAUGGAUUGGGUUUACAAGCUGAAGGUGGUGAUGAUUAUUGCCUAGUUACAAUGAAAUUUCCUCAAGAUACUAUUCCCAAAUGGAAAGACCCUAAAACUGGUGAUCUUGAAGGCUUAUCAUAUGAAUUUAAUCUUUGCGAAGCUGUGGCAAUUUGGGAACAAGUGCGGAACAGUACCACCAUACUGACCAGGGAGUACAUUGAUGGCUUGCCAAAUGGAUGGGAGGAGUAUGCUUGGCGUAGGAUUAACAAGGGAGUACUUCUUAAUCGUUGCGUGAAUAAAACAUUGUGCAUGGAGAAACUUUCCCUAGUACUUCCUGAAACGCCACCAUAUGUACCAAAACAGUAUGGUCGUUGUGCUGUUGUAGGAAAUUCUGGAGAUCUCUUGAAAACCAGAUUUGGGGAGGAAAUAGAUGGUUUUGAUGUUGUUAUCAGGGAAAAUGGGGCCCCUAUCCAGAACUAUACUGACCAUGUGGGUAAAAAGAGCACCUUUCGUCUUCUUAAUAGAGGAUCUGCAAAAGCUCUGGAUAAAGUCGUGGAGUUAGAUGAAACAAGAAGGGAGGUUUUGUUGAUUAAAACAACAAUUCAUGACAUCAUGAACAAGAUGAUUAAGGAGGUUCCAAUAAAAAAUCCUGUCUAUCUCAUGCUUGGUGCUUCAUUCGGUUCUGCUGCAAAAGGAACUGGGCUCAAGGCUCUUGAGUUUGCUCUCUCUAUAUGUGACUCUGUAGAUAUGUAUGGUUUCACUGUUGAUCCUGGUUAUAAAGAAUGGACAAGAUACUUUUCGGAAUCUCGACAAGGUCAUACACCUCUUCAUGGUAGGGCGUAUUACCAGAUGAUGGAAUGUUUGGGUCUUGUCAAAAUCCAUUCUCCAAUGCGACCUAACCCUAGCCGGGUGGUGAAGUGGGUACCAAGCCAAAAGAUGGUUAAUGCUGCUAGAGUUGCAUCUGAGAAACGAUUGAGGAAGGUUGGAGCUGGUUCUAGAGACCCAUUGGCUGCAUGUUCUAUCAUAAAAAAGCAAAGCAGAAGUAAGCCAAUAUCAAUUUCAAGCUUACGCAAACCUGCCGUUGACCAUCAAAAAUAUGUGAGAAGCACAACCAUGUAUCCUUUGGAGCAUAAUCCUGGUCAUGGCCUUCUUUGCACAGUGCCACCAAGUUGAAUCCAUGGAUUGAUUGAUGAAGUUCAUUUCUAAUCAGACAUCGUUGCAGCAGAGGAUUGAAAGACAAGAAGACAUCAUCCAUUUUUUUCGAAAUUCAGAACUUCUGCAUGCACAUCUUCAGAGUCUUGAAACUUGGAAUUUUUCAGUCCAUGUAUUCUUGAAUCACUCUUUCUAGCAAUUGCACGAGCAUUCAUCGGUGGUGACUGCGUUAAAAGGUCUUAGUGGUUAUUUUUCACCCAUUGUUCGUGCAAUUUAGUUCGAAGAGUAAUUGCAAAUGCCCUUUGUCAUUCAGGCUUGUUCCUGCCCGUCGGAGAACAAUUUUUUUCUCCUGCAAAGUCUGGAUUAGUGAGGUGAGUUGAUUUUGAUAUAGAAAUUGAUAUUAUGAAUUUAUUUGGACUGCUGACUGCUCCACAUAUUGAUUAUUGAGUGGAGUGGUUUAUAAUCUCUUGCUUCAAAUACUUUCAAAUACUUUUGUGAAGCUUUUGAUAUAGUCCGAUCUAAAACUCAUUCAUUUUGUAGAAGUAUUAGACGAUUUGUCGUA